AUGACAAAUGCCUUACGUUCUGCGAUAUCUUUGAAGAGAAAUGUUUCUAGGACUUUUGGAGAGGGAAAAUGUUCAUUUGAAGAAUACAUAUUCGCUCUAAAGGAUACUGUUGGUAUCAAUAUGCUUAUAGAAGCAAUAGGUAUUGGCAAAGGGAAGCAAGAUCUCACUGGCCUAGCCAUGGAGCCAAUAAAGACCAAUCAUGUUAUCUCUUUACAUCCUGAGAUACCAAUUGGCAAAGCUUGCUCCAGUUUUACAGCUGCUGACAUAAUCAAGUCUCUAAGAGGAAAUGUCAGGUUGAGUAAAGCCCGAUCCAGUGAUCUCUUCUGGGAAGCUGUUUGGCCUCGUCUUUUAGCAAGAGGAUGGCACUCUGAACAGCCUAAUGAUCAUGGUGUUUCUGGUUCGAAGCAUUCUUUGGUUUUUCUUAUUCCUGGUGUUAAGAAGUUUUCCAGAAGGAAACUAGUGAAAGGUAACCAUUACUUCGAUUCUGUUAGUGAUGUCUUGAAUAAAGUGGCAUCAGAUCCUGGGCUUCUUGAGCUACAAAUUGACGCAGGUGAAGGCAGUGGACACAAGGAAGACAAAUGGGAACCACUCAGAAAACAGAACGUUGAUGGUUUGUCAAAUAAACAACACCAUUGCUACCUCCAGCCGCGUACUUCAAACUGCAAUCGAGAUAUUAUGAAGUUUACAGUUGUAGAUACCAGUGCGGUUCAUGAAACAGAAUUACCUAAAGUGAGAGAGCUGAGAAGUUUACCUUUUCACACUACUAGUUUAUCUACCUCCUCUAGUCUUUCCAGUGAAACUGAACAAGAUACAUCAGAAGAGUCAGAAGAUGAAGCAGAAGAAAUUAAUACCUCGAACCCUGCAGGGGAUAUGACUGAGAUGGAAGCAUCUGUUGACUCAUCAGAUUGUGUUGGUGUGCUCAAUUCCAUGGAUCCCAUUAUUGCUGCAGUAGAAGAUCAUAACAGUCCAAACACAAGUCUGCUUAAGGAAAAUGGCCAGGGAAAGGCUAUGAAGCAUCACUUCAGCAAGAAGAUGAAUUCUAGUCAUUCGAAAGCCAAAUACUUAGCCCCAGUCAUGAAGCAGCAAGCUUUAAAUGCUUUUAACUGUGGAGAGUCGAGCCAUAGCAUUGGAGAUAUCUCUGCAGACAGGAAGCAAAAUGAUGAUGAGUCCCACUGCCAGUCAACUCUUCCUUCUGCAUGUCAUGACAUGGCUUUUCGAGUGUGUCCACGGAAUUUAUCAUCCGACAGUUCUCUGGCUAAAAGCAGUCAAGAAGGGAGUAAUGCAGCAAGUGUCACUGAGAAUUGCCUAGGUGGAGAAGUAUCUCCAGGAAAUCAUCAACCUCAGAUAUUCAUCGACUUGAACCUUCCUCAUGAUUCACAAGAUAUAGGAACUGAAGAACCCUUUAUAAUGGACAUGAUGCCAACUAAUGGUAGCUCAUGUGCAAACAAAUUAUCUUCUCUAUCUGAAACAAGCCAGCAGCCUGAGCCAUCAAAGAUAUCUGAUAGUGGGGCUAGUACAGAGCAGCAGCCUACUACGAACAGCCGGAGGCAGAGUAUGAGGAGCCGGCCAUUGACCACAAAAGUAUGGGAAGCUCUUGAAUCUGGCUUGUUUGACACAAAGAGGAAGAGAAAGCGUGUGGACACUUCACAUAACUCAAUUUCAAGGUCUUCCCAGAAAAUCCGUGGCAAUGCUGCUCUUAGUUCAACUUUGAAUAAUGGUGCUGGUAAUGACAUUGUAGAUAGCACUAUGGAAGUGAAUUUGGAUGAGGUGUGCAGUAGCAAAGUCAAUGUGGCUGGUGAGCCUCCGGUUUGA